UGUGUGGAAAAAAGGAACAAUGCUGAGUCUUGUGUUAAUUAUAGAACAUAAACAGAGGAUUAUCUUGAACAAGCAAAGAUUGUUAAAUGCCUUGUUUGUUGCCAAAGGAUUGAAGAUGCUGCCACACUGCCAAAAUUCCUAGAUACUCUGUAUUACCUCAAGUUUUAAACAGGAGCAGAGACGAGGACUGUAGAAGAAGGUGUUUUGUCCGAGAGUAGCACACAGUCUAUCCAUUACUGCUGGAUGUUUGGAUUAUGAGUACUGGUAGCUAACAGUGCCUUACCGGCGUUUGAAUUUAUUGCUUGAAUUGGAAAAAUGAAUCAAAGGAGACCUGUUUUGGAAGAAAAAAAUAAAUCAGAAUUACAUGCCAAUGGAAAGAGGAACAGAAGUAAAGACAGUCUACUGGUGAAUUCUGAAUUCGGUGAUGACUGUUAUGGCUAUUAUGGACAUCACUAUAGUGAUUGCACACAUCAGACUCGGCAGAUUGUGGCCAAGAGCAGAAAGCAGGCCUCACGAGGGGCAGCCUAUAUGUUCAAUGCGCAUCCCAACAGCCUGACACCUGUGGAGGAGCGGUUCCUUGAUGCUGCUGAGUAUGGAAACAUCCCUGUAGUGCGGCGAAUGCUUGAGGAGAUUCCUGGGCUGGAUGUGAACUGUGUGGAUUAUAUGGGCCAGAAUGCCUUACAGAUAGCAGUAGCGAACGAACAUCUUGAGGUUACGGAACUUCUGUUAAAGAAGGACAACUUGUCUCGGAUUGGCGAUGCACUCCUUUUAGCUAUAAGCAAAGGCUACAUACGGAUUGUUGAGGCUCUCCUGAGUCACAAGGCCUUUGCUGACUCCAGGAGAUUAACCGCCAGCCCAAGAGAGGCAGCAAUGCAUGAUGACUUCUUUGCAUAUGACGAAGACGGGACUCGCUUUUCUCAUGACAUCACACCGAUCAUCCUGGCAUCUCACUGCCACGAGUAUGAGGUCGUCCACAUCCUGCUGACUAGAGGGGCUCGUAUUGAGCAACCACAUGACUAUUUCUGUACCUGUGACACCUGCAAUUACCAUCAGAAAUACGAUUCAUUCAGUCACUCAUGUUCACGUAUCAAUGCCUACAGAGGCCUGGCCAGUCCAGCGUACCUCUCUCUGUCCAAUGAAGAUCCAGUGCUGGCUGCUUUAGAGCUCAGCAAUGAACUUGCCUGUUUGGCAAAUAUUGAGAAGGAAUUCAAGAAUGAUUAUAGGAAACUCUCUAUGCAAUGCAAAAGCUUUGUAGUUGGACUUCUGGAUCUGUGUCGGAACACAGAGGAAGUGGAAGCCAUUUUGAACGGCGAAGUAGAUGAGAGCUCUGAACUACCUGGCCGACCAAGUCUCAAGCGACUGAACCUUGCAAUAAAGUAUGAACUUAAAAAGUUUGUUGCACAUCCUAAUUGCCAGCAGCAGCUCCUCUCAAUCUGGUAUGAGAAUCUGUCUGAAUUGAGACAGCAGACCACAGCCAUCAAGUUUUUGGUGGUCCUGGGUGUUGCAAUAGGACUGCCCUUCUUAUCCAUCAUAUACUUGGUGGCACCUUGUAGUAAGCUGGGAAAAAUUAUGCGAGGCCCUUUUCUGAAGUUUGUGGCUCAUGGAGCGUCUUUCACUAUUUUCCUUGGCUUGUUAGUAUUCAAUGCAGCUGAUCGCUUUGAUGGGAGCAAACUGUUGCCAAAUAUGACCGUCCAUGACUAUCCGGCCCAGCUGUUCCGCAUGAAAACAACUCCUUUCACAUGGAUGGAGAUGCUCAUAAUCUUCUGGAUAAUAGGGAUGAUCUGGGCUGAAUGCAAAGAGAUCUGGUGUCAGGGUCCAAGAGAGUACCUCCUUGAACCUUGGAAUAUGUUGGAUUUUGGAAUGUUAGCCAUUUUUAUAGCCUCCUUUGUCACAAGGAUACUGGCUUACUGGCAUGCAUCUAAAGCACAAAGUUAUGUUGAUGAACACUACACAGACAUAACAAAUGUGACGUUACCACCAGAGGUCGAAUACUUCAGACUGGCUCGUCUGUUCUGGCUGCCAUCAGAUCCACAGCUGAUUUCUGAAGGGCUGUAUGCCAUUGCGGUGGUUUUGAGUUUCUCUCGAAUUGCGUAUAUCCUUCCAGCCAAUGAGAGUUUUGGACCACUGCAAAUCUCUUUGGGAAGGACUGUAAAAGACAUCUUCAAAUUCAUGGUGAUCUUCAUUCUGGUCUUUCUGGCCUUCAUGAUCGGAAUGUUCAACCUGUAUUCCUAUUAUUUGGGGGCUAAACAGAAUGACGCUUUCACAACAAUAGAAGAAAGCUUCAAAACACUGUUUUGGGCCAUUUUUGGACUCUCUGAGGUCAAGUCAGUGGUUGUGAACAACAAACACAAGUUCAUCGAGAACACCGGUUAUGUGCUCUAUGGAGUGUAUAAUGUCACGAUGGUCAUUGUGUUGCUCAACAUGCUCAUUGCAAUGAUCAACAGCUCCUUUCAGGAGAUCGAGGACGAUGCAGAUGUGGAGUGGAAAUUUGCCCGGGCCAAACUCUGGUUUUCCUAUUUUGAAGAGGGUAGAACCCUCCCUGUGCCUUUCAAUCUGGUACCAAGCCCAAAGUCUGUGUAUGGCCUUGCCCUGGGUUUAAAGUCGCUGCUGGUGAAACUCUUCGACAAACACAGAGCCAUUAUGAAGAACGAAGCAGAACUCAGUGAGUUAGGGGAGAACAAAACCAACAAAAUGAGGAGUCAUCGAUAUCAGAUGAUUAUGAAGCGCCUGAUCAAGCGGUACAUCAUCAAAGCUCAAAUGGACAAAGAAUCUGAUGAAGUCAAUGAGGGUGAACUGAAGGAAAUAAAGCAAGACAUUUCCAGUUUGCGCUACGAGCUUCUUGAAGAAAAGUCGCACAACAUGGAUCGCAUGGCUGAACUUAUCAGUAAACUUGAACAGUGUGUCUGUUUGCAUAAUGUGAAAUAGAAGUGUGUGCAAGACUGUUUUUUUUUAAAUCUUACUUCUAAUCAUGCUCACUGAAAGUCAACUAGACAAUGAGCAAAACUAGUUUAUUUUGGUUUCCUUUGCAAAUGACCACAAUUCAAAAUGUUCUCCAGAUGAGAAAUCUGACUUUUGAUGAUACAUUUCUCAGAACUGUGAUUAAAUUGCUUUUCUUUUACUGGAAAACUGAGGAUGCUAUUGAGCAUGUGCAGAUUGAGUGUACUGUACUCUAGUUACUCACUGGUGUGAUUGAUAGCGUUACAACUCACUCUACUCCCCUAAUUUAAACAACAGCAACGCUAACCAGGAUAAAACAAUUACUAAUGAUGAAAGAAUGAACACUGUAAACAUAUCAUACAAGCAUCCAGUGUGCUCCAGUUCUAAUGAACAUGGCCUUUUUUGUACAACGUGAUAAUAUCUUGCGCAAACUUGUUGACAUGAGUUUGUAUGAGUUUUAUACGAUUGGAUCGAGAGCAUCUCCUGAGAAGAUCUUUAUAA